AUGAUUGAAGAUAAACCCAAGUCAAGGGCUUGUGCAGUCUUUCAUGAUGAUGAAGGAUUUGAUUGGAGUCAAGAAGAUGCAGAAACUCUUUCAAAGAAACAUGAUCAUUAUGCUUUUAUUGCUGAGAUUCAAGAGGAAAGCAAAGAAAAAGACACACUUGAGUCAAAAGAGAAAACUCGUGAAGAGAUUUUAAGUGAGAAGACUUACAGAGAAAGAAAUGUGGUUUAUAAUAGAAUGGAAGACAUGCAGGAAGAGUAUGAGAUUCCAUUGAGAGCCGAAUACUAUAGAAAUGUGAUGAAAGAUGACACAUAUGCUAAAAGGCUUGAAAAGGAAAUCAGAUAUGCCAUGACAUCGUGUCUAAGAAAAAGGGAUGAAGAGAGAUUGAACAAGAGUGUUGAAGAGAUGGUGAACAAUUUGAAGAAGGUUGCUGAAGAGGUUAACACAGAAGCUGUUGAAGUUGAAGUUGUGAAGGAGAUCAAAGGUGAAGAAGUUGUUGUGAAUAUUGAAGUUGUGAAAGAAGCUGUUACUGAAGAACAACAGGUUGAUGAAGAAGAGGUAAGGAAAGAAGAAGAAGAAGAAGUAAAGAAUGAGAAUUUGGAAGCUGGUGAUGCUGGUGAUGAAGUCAGUGUUGAAGAAACGCAGAAUGUUGCUGAAAUGAAGUAG